AAAAAAAUAAAAAUAAAUAGAUAAAUAAAUAAAGAAAAAAAACUAAACCACCAACACAGCCACCCACAAGCAGCGCCCAACCACCAACGGCCAGCCCAACCUCCUUCAACCCGAGCGCCGACCGCCAUCCAGACGCCCUUCUCCUCUCCCGAUGUCGGCGUUGCCUGAUCACCCUCCCCUUUUCCUUUAACCGUUGAUCACUUGACAUAUGCGUACCUCAAUCGCAGCGACUGGCUUCCUAAUUCUCAAUAACGCGGCCCCUCUAGAUCUAUUGCUAACUAACCGUUCGGUUGACAUAUUAUUUUCAACAUAUUACUCAACUUCCUUGUGGUUUAGUAAGUGCUCCUUUUCGAUGUUCGCUUCGCAAUGAAUUCUGUCAAGCAAUUCUCUCUCUAAAAAUCAUAGGGUUUUGUUUAAUUUCCGUGUGGGACACCUUUAAUCAAACUUUUGACUCGCGUCUAACGGUUCGUAACUGUGAAAUACUAAAAUAUAGUAAAAUGACAAUUUUGACCCCGAAAACAAAAUCCGUUUCUCACCGAGAUCAACUUGUAUUUACCGAAUUACCGUAUUUUCUACCUUUGUAAAAACAAAAUAAAAUAACAAAAGAAAAUCGUACUCUGUAAAUAAAUUCCAAAUCCCCUGAAAUAUCAGUUUUCCCUCCUUCCUAAUCUAAUCAGAAGAUCAGACACCAAAUCGCCGCUGUUCGUCGGAGCUUCUGUCAGACGUUGAAAACGCAAGUUUCGUCAAGCUUUUCCUUCAGAUGGACAGGGAAGUGUCAGAGCGUCAAGUAAAAGAACGUUUGAGGACAAGGUGGACAGCUGCCCUUGAUAAAAUCUUUGCAGACUUGGUUGUGGAGCAGAUUCAAUUGGGAAAUAGGCCAAAUAACGUUUUUGACAAGAAGGCGUGGGGCUACAUACGUGAUGAAUUCAAUAAGCGAAUGGCUCUAAACUUCAAUAACAACCAAUUAAGAAAGCACCUAGAUGUUCUUCGUGCUCGGUAUAAUCAGGUUAAGUCUGCUUUAGUUCAAAAUGAUCUCAUCAUGGAAGAUUCAUGCUGUGGUGGAUUUGACUUAUGGGAAGGCAUAGAGGUUAAUCCUAAACCAGAGCCAGCUAAAAUCAGGGACUGCCCCAUUUAUGAGCAAUUAUGCAUUAUAUUUGCUGAUAAUGGUGCUGAUGGGAGAUAUGCCCAGUCAAGCCAUUAUGAAGAAGUGGAGCAUAAAUCUAGUGCUAAUAAUGCUAAUCCUCUAGGCUCAACCUGUGGUAUGAAAAUUGAGCCACCGACUCCUGAAGCUCCGUUGUUAAUGAAACCCAUGGAUGUCAAUACUACUUCCUUUAUGAACGGAGGUAAGACUGAUUGUGAGAAAAAGAGAAAGCAUACAUCGGAUGUGGAUCAAAAUGAUCAACAACGUAGGAACCAUAAGAUACUUGAUUCUAUGGCAGAAGCAUUGCUAGGUAUGAUUGACUCCUCUAAGCUGAGGAAAAUUACAAAGACGGAAAGUAAGGAGAGGUUUUCCAUCACAAAUUGCAUCAAAGCAUUGGAUGAAAUUGAAAGCAUGGGAGAGUCGUUGUACUUUGCGGCUUUGGAUCUCUUUGAUGACCCUAACAUCAGAGAAACCUUCAUAUCUCUUAAGGGUGUUGACAGAAGAUUGCGUUGGUUACAGGUGAAGUGCAGUACUACUAAUUGCUUUGAAGUACAAGGGCAAACUAGAGAUGAUUUUUGGACACAUUCGGUACAGAUAAACUGAUAUCGGAGUGAAUUUGUUUGUAAGUAUCAAGACAAACUCGGGGUAAUUCAAUGGAAGUAGAUAAAGUGAUUACAAACAUAUGUACUAUUUUACUGCAUCACCAUCACUAAAUGAAUGGAGUAAAAUAGUGCACCUCCUUCUUGCACCA